UUUGGAAACCCACUCCCCAGCGGUCGCCAUUAUUCUUCGUGGCUUGACGCUCAAAAUAAGGCGUUUUAGUACUUUUAAAUAUAGCGUUUUAGUGUAAAUUAGAGCAUUUAGAGUUUGUUUCGAACAAUCAGUUCGUUGGCUGGAUCUGACACCCAGCUUGGGCGCAAUAAUGGACCGACGGUCCAGUACAACAGGUCCUGGAGAUGCCCUUCCCUUGGCCUCACUCCGUUUAAUGACUUCCCCACUGCAGCUUACGUAUUCGUACAUAUGGCAGGUCAUGCGGCAGAGAAAAGUGAAGAAUUACGCAAAAGUGGAGGGGUUUGUGACCAUGGUGACRCAAACCAUCCCUGAGCUCUUGAAUUUCAAGCAGACUGCUCAGCUAAUCUUAGGCCUGAGAGCAAGGAUAAUCUUGGAUCUUCUCCACAAAGACGGACCACCAGACACCAGGGUUAUUCAAGCUCUUAUAAAUAAGAUGAAGAUCCCCAUGACAAUGAAGGAUAUACAAGUGGAGAAAUCCCAGACAAACUUCUUGGUUCUUGUCCAGAAUCUGCUGAAAAACCCUAGUGAAAGAAAACGCUUUUUUCAGGAAGUGUUCCCUAUUCAAUAUGGCACCAAAUUUGACACGGCGCUGCAGGCCCUGACUGCUGGCCUUGUUUGCAAGCUGGAGCAACUUAUUCCUGUUCCCAAUCUGUCCCAGCUUGGUGCCAUGAUCUCAAAGGAUUCUGAUGUCCUUGAUGCAUGUGGAGACUUCAUUCCCGACCCUGAAACUCUAAAAUCUCUACUUCUACACCAGCAGUCCAAAGGGUCUUUUGGUGUUAAAGCUACCGUGUCAACCUCGGUGGGUGACUGUGUGCUCUCUUCCCUCGCCUUCCUACCCAAACCGGUAGAAACACCACCACCCCCACCUCCGCCCCCUCCACCACCUCCACGAUCACCAAAGCCUCAGGAGGUCAGUGUUGUUGAAAGAAGCCCCGCCUCCCUUAGUGACAGUGAAGGCGUGGUCGGUAUUUCAGAUGACGAGGACAGCCCAGCACCUCCAACAGGCAGAUCUCAGCAGGAAGAGCAGACUAGUCUCGAAACAGCAGCUGCCGGCAGCACAGCAAAGGAAACGAGCGAGAACCUGAUGCAGAAAAAGAGUUCCACUCAGCAACCUCCUGCCACAACUCCUCAAAGCAAAGAGAACGAUCCGGCACCAGAGAAAUCGGACUUACAGCGACUACCCCAUAAAUCUAUUACUUUCAGGGUUGUUCAAAUGCCAAUCAAAGCUCCCUCCACCUUACAGAAUGCUGGUGGCGCAGGGACAAAGGACGGACCAAAGCCUCAAACUCAGCGAGUUACAUUACAUCAGUGGGUGUCGCAGAUCGCGUCUAACUCGAUGUCUCUCCCCGCCUUGCCGCCUCUUCCAGAAGGCAGUCUGUGCGAUGACGACAUGAGGCCGAGCAUCAGAAGGAAGAAGCCAUUCAGACACUUAGCUGGCAGAUACAACUGCAGCGUGUGUGAUAAGAGCUUCCCCUAUCAGUCCAAGCUGAUGGACCACGAGCGUAUCCACACAGGCGAGAAGCCGUACACGUGCGCGGCCUGCAACAAAUGCUUCCGCACCCAGGGGUUCCUCAACAACCACCUGAAAACCCACAGCACCAUGCGUCCGUACGCCUGCGGCCAGUGCGGCAAGUGUUUCGCUAAACUGCAGAGCCUCUCGAAGCACAUACUCGCCCACAGCGGCCAGAAGCCAUUUUACUGCAACAUCUGCAACAAAGGCUUCACACAGUCCACCUAUUUCAAAAGGCACAUGGAGUGUCACACGAGCCAGAUGACGUUCCCCUGCAAGCACUGCAACAAAACCUUCCCAACGGCGUUCAAGCUGUCCAACCACGAGCGCUGGCACACAAGAGACCGGCCCCACAUGUGCGAGCGAUGCGGGAAGAGAUUCCUCGUCCCCAGCUUGUUGAAGCGACACAUGGGCUACCACAUCGGCGACCGCCAGUAUCUCUGCUCGCAGUGUGGGAAGACCUUCGUUUACCUGUCUGACCUGAAGAGGCAUCAGCAAGACCACAUACCCAAAGCAAAGAUCCCCUGUCACGUCUGCCAAAAGAAGUUCUCCAGCAAGUACUGCCUCAGAGUUCACAUGAGGAUCCACACCAGAGAGAGACCCUACCGGUGCACCUUGUGCGACAAGACCUUUACACAGGUGGGGAACCUGAAGGUCCACAUCAGGCUGCACACCAACGAGCGACCCUUCAGCUGCGACGUCUGCGGAAAAACCUACAAGCUGGCGUCCCAUCUGAACGUCCACAAGCGGACUCACACGUGCAAAAAACCCUGGACAUGUGACACGUGUGGAAAGGGAUUCUCCGUCCCCGGCCUUCUGAAGAAGCACGAGCAGCUGCACACGAGGGAGGCAAACCCCGAUUUCACUGGCAAGCGAAGGCACAGGACGAAGCACAAAAAGCAAUCACUGAACAGGAAGUAUGACGAGGAAGAAGAGGGCAGCGAUGAUUAUAGAAUGGCAGCAGCACAGAAACCCACGCCGUGGUCAAACUCGGAGGUGCGGGACUUUCUGUGCUUGUUGGCAGAGGACAGGAUUCAGAGCGAGCUGGACGAGUCGACUCGCAACGAAAAGAUUUUCAGGGAGAUCUCGGAGCGGAUGGCCACUCGCGGCUACCAGCGAACGUCGAAGCAGUGUCGGGAGAAAUUAAAGAAACUGAAGUGCGAUUACCGCACGAUAAAGGACCACAGCGGAAAGAGUGGUUCAUACCGCAAAACGUGGAAGUGGUUUGACCAAAUGAACGCCAUUUACGGCCGCCGACCAACCUACGACGAGAGGGAGAGUAGCUUGGAUACGGCCUCAUCGCUGCUGGAAUCCUCGAUGGACGAUGCCAMGUUGGAAGGAAGCGGACGCGUGGGCGUGACGCGGUGGUCUCACAAAGAGACGCAGGCGCUCCUGGCCGCGUGGUCCGAGGACGGGAUCCAGCGCGAGCUGGAGGAGUCGCACAGGAACGGAGCCGUCUACGGAGAGAUUUCAGCCCGGCUGGCGGCGGCCGGAGUGAGCCGCUCGAUGAAUCAGUGCAGAAACAAGAUGAAGAAACUCAAACAGGAAUACAGACAACUCAAGCAGCAGUCAAUCAGCGAUGAGACUAUGACGUCAGAGACAUCUGAGUGGUUUUACGCCAUGGACUCUGUGAUAAGAGACAGACCUGCUGCUGCCACAGACAACAACAACACGGACCAGAUGACGCAGGAACUCGUGAUUUCAGAUGAAGAAACUGAUUCACCCAGUGCAACAAACAGUGAAACACUCAGUACGAGUUCUUCAGCCACGUCCUCAUCCAGCUCCUUGUGGAGGAUAAACGAUAUGCCCAUGUGCAGUUGGUCAAAAAAGGAAGUCCUCGUGUUGCUGACACAUUGGGCAAGCCCCUCCUUCCAGCAGGAGCUCCGGCGGAGCAGGAGGAGCAGCGCCGUGUACAACAGCGUCAGCGCCAAACUGGCAACGCUCGGGUUCAGCAAAACGGCGCAGAAUUGCCAGGAUAAACUUAAAAAUCUGAAGUACAGCUACAGGAGAAUCAAGAGCAGCAACCCCUCGGGUGGAGAGAAGAACAUGUGGUACCGCAUUAUUGAUCGUGUCCUCGGCUCGCAGCCUGCAGCUUCAGAAUGUGCGGAAACCGCAACGUCGUCUGCAGCAGAACCCGCGCCGCCUUUUGUGUUGGGUUUGAACACUAACGAUGAAGCUGAUUGGCUGCCGGAUGAAGUCCAGGUGCUCGUCACUCUCUGGGCCCAACCAAACAUCCAGAAGCAGCUCCAUGCCUCAGGAACACACGACGUCUUCACAUACCUCAGCAGCGAGCUAGCUCUGAUCGGCUUCAACAAAACGCCGCAGCAGUGCAGCCUUAAAGUGAACCGGCUGACAGAAAUGUACAAAACCAUCAAACGAGUGGARCCACACGGGAGCAAUGGAAGCGACUGGUUUGCUAUAAUGGAYGGCGUUCUUGGUCCCGAAGCAGCAACAUCCAAAGACGCAAAUUCAGCUGCUGCUGUGAUCGUGCCUGAAUCAGCCGAAGAUUCCUCCCAAGCUGCCUGGACGCCGGAGGAAGUCGACACUCUGCUCACGCUGUGGGCCGGGGACAGCGCUCAGGAGCAGCUAAAAUCAACUGAGGGGGUCGAGCGGGUGUACGCUCAGCUGAGCUCCGAGCUCGCCACUCAGGGCUUUGAUAAGACCACCAGUCAGUGCAGGACUAAAAUAAGGCUCCUGGAACAGGAGUAUGAACGACGUAUGGAGGAAAAAGACUCCAAAGAACAAAAAAGCAGCUGGUUUGUCGUCAUGGAUCAAGUUCACGGUUGCACCAAACCAAAUGCUGAGACUAAUCUGGCAGCUGCACCUCUGCAGGCGUCACAUCYAGCAGAAGGUUGUCCUUUGUCCGUCCCCUCGCUGUGCCUCCUGGUUCCCACCCUGCGCCUGAUGUGUGCCUUUGCCUGGCAGGUGGUCCGGUGUCGUAACGUUGCGCAGUAUAACAAAGUGGAGGAGUUGGUGUCGUUGGUGACGGAGCUGGCCCCAGAGCUGCUCACGGCCAGAGAGAGAGCGCAGCUCCUGCUCAGGCUCAGAGCGAGGCUCGUGCUGGAGUUGUGUCGCAGUGAGAGCGUAGCCGACCUGCUGGACGUCCAGUCCCACCUGAGGAUCAUUCAGGAGCUCAUGAUGAGUUCUGGCUGUGAUCAGGAGGAGCUGGAGAAGUCAAAGUCAAACUUUGUGGAGGUGGUUCAUACUUUGCUGGACGACCCACAGGAAAGAAGAAGGUUUUUCGUGGAGGUUUUUCCCAUCCACUACGGCCAACAGUUUGAAGCCACUUUGCAAACUUUAGUCUGGAAAUUCAUCUCCAGAUUGGACAAUCUGUUGCCUGUUCCCGAUAUAAAACAGACCGCAGAGUGGCUCAGCAGCGCCCCCUCUGUCAUGGAGGAAUGUGGACAGCUGGUUUUGGAACGAGAGCAGCUGAAGGAGCUGCUGCACUUCAACGAGCAACAAACAGGAAAUACCAACAAAUGUUUCUCUGAGGCUCAGAAUGUGUUUUUGCCCAUGCUGCAUCUACGUCCCAAAACCAACUCGAGGCAACGUGCAGCAUCUGUUGGUGAAAAUGAAGGGUUUAAUUGUGGCAAAGAUGAACCGUUGGAUAAAAGCCUCACUAACGAUACUACAGAGGACUCUACGACAARAAAUAACCUGAAGGAUAACCAAAGUGAAGGUUUAAAGCCUCUUCAGCCGCAUCGCUGCUCCAUGUGUUCCUACUCCGACAGCCGCGUGGCAGCACUUCUUCAGCACAUUCGUCAGAAGCAUCUGGUCCAAGGGUCCAGUCCUUUUACUGAAGCCAAAGCUGGUGAUGUCUUGAAGGAUAUAGUUACCCCUGACAGUCAGGGUCCCCCGUUUCAGUGUGACCAGUGCGGGAAGAAGUACCACUCCAAAAGGUAUCUGGAUAUCCACUAUCGGAUUCACACAGGCGAGACUCCCUUUCUGUGCUCCGUCUGCGGCCGAGGCUUCAGGGGUUCAUUCAUCCUGACGGCGCACAUGCGCACGCACACGGGGGAGCGACCCUAUAUGUGCCCCAUUUGCGGGAAGACGUCCGUCCAACACCUGGCGAGGCACAUGCGCAUGCACCGAGGGGAGAAGAACUACCUGUGCACGGAAUGCGGGAAGGCUUUCCUCUCCUCCGGGGAGCUGAGGCUCCACUCGCGGCACCACAGCGGAGAGAGGCCUCACACCUGCAGGCAGUGUGGGAAAGGCUUCGUCGCCAAAUGCCUGCUGACCGUUCACACUCGCCAACACACGGGAGAGCGUCCUUACAGGUGUUCGCUGUGUCCCAAGGCCUUUUACACCCGGAAUCGGCUGAAGCGGCACCUGAAGAUCCACACAAAGAAGUCCUACCAGUGCUUGACGUGCGGGAAAACCUUCAGGCAAGAGGACAGUUUUAAACUCCACGUUAAAACCCAUGAUUCAAUGUAAGAUGCUUUGAUGGUGUUAAUAAAAAUAAACCUUUCUAAACUCAAA